UUAACUGUAAGAGCGUGGUGGCGUCCGCCGGCUCCCAGGCAGGCUUACCCCCCACACUGCUGGCCCCCGUCGCUUUCAGAGGGGCUACGAUGCACACACUGAAGGCCCGUAGUGUGAAUGUGAAGAGCCAGGUGGGGAACGCCUACCACAACAUCAGCAGUCUGGAGAUCACAGGGCCCGUCCUCCCCUCCUCCCUCCACACCAUCACAACCAUCCUCCGCCCAGCGCAGAAAGGAACCUUCUCAGCUGCUCUGUACACACACACACCUACUGCCGUCAUGAACGUACACAGCACAAAGCAGCAGGGUCCAGACGGGUCAGUGGACCUGGGGGGGUGUGGUCUACAUCCAGCCUCCAUCCAGCAGCUCCAGACGCCCUCCCCCCUCGGAAAGACGGCACUGACUCACAUCAGCAUGAACGACUUCAGCUACAGCUGGAAGAACUGAAACACACCAAAAGAACUGAAACACAGCAGAACUGAAUCACAGAAGAACUGAAACACACCAAAAGAACUGAAACACAGAAGA